UAGUAACCUCAUCGCUCUCAUAGUUCUAAUUGAUUAAAUAUACUGCACUGUUUAAUUUAAGAUUUACUCUAUAUAUAACCAUAAAACGUAAUUUAUAAUGGCCAAGUCGUUGAGAUCCAAAUCUAAGUUGAGAGCUAAGUCCGUUAAGAGAAAGGGUGAAUUUGCCAAGUUUGUGGAUGGUAGAAAUGAUAGACUUGCAGCCAAAUUAGAAGAACAUACCAAGAAGCAAGAAGAAGAAAAGGCUGCUAAGAAGGCUCAAGACCCUGAAGUUAAGGCCGAAGAAACUGAAGGCAUGGAAGUUGACAACUCUGCUGAAUCUACCACUGACAAGAAGGUUAGCACUUCCGGCUGGAGAGAUUCUAGAAAUCAAAUUUACAAGCAAAGAAAGCUUAAGGGAAAGAAGGGUAAGGUUGUCAAGUUUUAAAGAAAGAAAACAAACCCCUUGAUAGAAUUUUUGCAUUGUCAAUUUUAGACCCAAGUAUUCUCCCCCUUGUAUAUUAGUUGCAUACCUUUAGUUCGUAGAUCUAUCCCGAUCUGAGUAUGGUUUUUUAUAAAUGGACUCAAUUCAUUUGUCCCUAUAUAAUCGUUUAUCAAAAUCAAAAAGAAUUGAUUGAUUAGAAAUAUUCAUUGUAGUAUUUAUUUAUAUAUAUAUAUUUUUAUGUGAGUUUAAUGAA